AUGCGUUCUGUGUUGCGAAGCUUUUUACCGCCAAUACCCUUUGAUGGGUUACUGCUUCACGCUGCAUUUUUCACGAGUAUUCAGGUUUUUCAUAUGGGAGGGUGGUCCUGUAUGCUAAAUGUCAUACUAGCCACUCUCGUCUCCACUUUGGCAAUAGCACCCAUCGGUCUUCUGGGCUUUCUUCUCCUCGUCUCAUUUACUUCGCGUCAAAUUAGAUGCCUGUCAAAGCACGACCAGACGGUCAUAGGGAGGCCUCUCCUUUUCCCUGCCACGCUUAACCAUACUCGCCUAUCACCAAUCAAAAACAAAUUCACCUUCAAUGUCUUAUUUGUCGGGAUACCGAUAGGACUCAGCUGCCGAUUCGGACGACUGCUUUCUAUUGAUGCGGAAGAUGUGGAUGAGAAUAAUUGCAGUGAGGGAUCCCUAGUUCUAGCUUGGUUGGGCUCCCUCUUUUCCAGCUGGUUUAGUUUUGACUCGGCAAGAUACCUCCACCGUGGAGAUGGCACACUCAGCUUACAGAUCAAGUUACGUAAAUUCCUGAAGGAGCAUAACGAAGACCCUGACAAAUGGCCUUACGCGUAUAUGCUGAGCGUACCGCGGUUUUUGUGGUGGGAACGGAGCGUGGUGACAUGGUGGUAUCUAUAUUCACCUAGCAAGGAAUUAGAUGCGGUCAUUAUGGAGAUCAACAACUCAUUUGAUGAGAAAAGAAACGUCUUGUUCAGGGUACAACGUACGAACACACCUGGAAGCCCAGCAGGGAACCGUCAACAACCCGCGGACCUUAAGGAGGAGUACUUAGAUAAGGGCAGAAGGGUAUGUUCGCUGAACCCGCAACGUGACACUUACGCCUACAAAGCGACCUGGAAGAAAGAGAUCUUCGCCAGUCCAUUCGAAAAGGUCGGAGAAACCGUAUCUAGCACGUUCAUGGAUCCUGUAGCGCCUGCAUCAUGGUUAGCAAACCGGUCUCUCUCAAACACGACCACUCUAGACCCCUCUGGAACUCCUCGAAUGAUAGCCAGGGUUAGGUGCAAGGUACCACCCAUCGACCCGAGCCACGCAUCGUCUUUCCAGAUCUUCCGUCUCCUCUUGACAUGGACUGUGAAUAUCACUUUGACAACACCGAGGAUCCUCUUUAUAGCUAUUCGGCUUCACAUCAUGAACCUUAUGAGGAUGAUGGACCGACCGGACAUACGGCCUGGGAGCGAGCCAAGGCGUGGGACAAAUGGGGAAAGGAAAGAUGCUUCUCUCAGAAUCCUACAUGAUAUUUUUGGGCUAAAUACUAACCUAUUCAAUAGGGCGCUAGAAAACUUCUUCCGAGAAUACCUCAAACACAUCGUUGCCUCUAAUCCAGGGAACUUGGAAGUCACAUACAUACCUUGCAAGUCAGUGUCGAAAACCAUAACUUGUCUGAGAUCUACACAAUACUCGGAAGACAGCCAUCCCAUGCAGUUGAAAUUCGAGAUUAUGGAUCCAGCCUUCUAUUCCCGAAUCGCCAAUUCUCCGAACGCAUGCACUGCUAUGGCAAAGGAAACGAAGCCUGGAAGGUCACCUGCUGAUGCAUUAUCCUCCCCUGUCAUUGCUUCCGAUAUACCUCUAUUUGUACAGCUAUUAGAUGUGACCAUCAAAGAGAUCAGGAAUUACGAUAAAGCCAGCUUCGGACUGUCGUCACUCAUAUUCUCUCUUCGUCGUUGGUUGACUCCCUCGUUCAUGGAUUUCUUUGUUUGCAAUAUCCUCCCGCCCCAUAUCCAAGAGGACUACAUUUCGUGUUUAAUACAACUAUGGGUGGAGAAACUGACGUGGAACCUGCUGAGUCCUCAUCAGAUAUACAGCGUGAUCAGGGCUGCAGUGCUGCAGUGGGUUAUUUGUUGGAUGCUGUGCCGCAUGGUAUGA